AUGACCCUCGACUACACUGUUAACCCCGUCACUUCAAGUGACUUGCCAGCUCUCACAAAUCUUAUCCACUCUGCAAAACUCGCUCUAAGCAUCAACCGUCUUAUUUUCCUGAACUGGCCGAACGAGAAACUUCAAGUCACACUCUACUCGCGAGCAGUCCAAGGUGGAUAUGAUGAUCCUGUGACGGAAUGUUUCAAGGCUGUCGACAAUGAGACUCAGGAGAUCAUCGGGUACAUUGUCCUAGAGCGUAAAACGCCCCAAGAUUCCCAGGAAUCAGAGAAAACCGAACGGAGUGUUCCAGAUGGACUCAAUCCCCCACUUCUCGCUGAUGUUGAAAAUGCGACCCGGCAGAUCGCGAAGGAGGUCAACGAUAUGCAUCGUUUUGAUGUGAUUUAUAUGUGUGUGAAACCAGCUUUCCAGGGACGUGGGAUUGGUUCCCAGUUAGUUCAGCUGGGCUUUGAUCGAGCCAAGGCUGAAGAUAUCCCGCUAUCUGUUUGUGCAGAAGCACCUUCUAUUCCUUUUUUCAAAAAGAUUGGAUUCAAGGAGACAAUACAUGUCGAUAUGGAUUUGCAGAAAUACGCACCCGCUCAUAGCGGCUUUGGGGUUUUCCGUCUUGCUGGAAUGAUCUGGUAUUCUUGA